CGAGGCGACACUUUUCAUGUAGAUAAAUUGUGAUAAAUAUAUAAAAAUACCUCCUAUAUAAAAAAAUUUGUAUCUUUAAUUUCCGACUCUCUAAACAUGACCUCCACAUAAAAAAAUACUUCUUGCACGCGCGUAUUUAAACAUGCGAACGUAUCAUUGUAGUGACAAUUAUUAACAUUAUUUGCUUUGUACUUUCUCUUACGCAAAUUUUAUAACAUUUAAGAAUACGGUAAUUGGCUUUUGUAUUUUAGGAAGCGGUAAAAGGAGAUUUAUUAGUGGUAGGUACAUUAGUAUUGCACAACAAUAUGAGUGGUGUAACGGUUUUGAAUAUUUUGGAGAGCAGUUUACUAAAUGAAGAAACUAAUAAUAAUAAUAAUAAUAAUGUUAAGCAGGGUAAAAAAAGAUUAAAGUUUCCAUAUGAUAUUAUUGGUGUUGAUGAAGAAGUAAAUAAAGAAUUAUUAAAGGAUUUUACAGGUGAAAAAACUGGAUUUGUCCAAGUGGGGCCCAAAAAAUGGUUCUUUCCCAGCGGUUACGUCAAAGAAGCCGAAAAUUAUUACAAUUUCGAACCACGUCCCGAUGACGUAUGGGUGGUAACUUACCCCAGAUCGGGUACCACUUGGUCGCAAGAAAUGGUUUGGCUACUUGCAAACAAUUUAGACUACGAGCGAGCUGAAAAAGUACCACUUGUGGAUAGAUUUCCGUUUUUAGAGUUUACCUCUUUUAUCCACGAUGAAACGCUGAAGGAAUUUGUCGAGGAAAAUAAACAUUGUCCCGAAAACCUAGAAAUGGUAAAAAAUACCGCAACACCUGCCUGGAAGUUACUACAGGCAUGGAAACAAAGACGAUUUAUUAAAACCCACUUACCUUUCGAUUUAUUGCCUCCAAAUUUAUUAAAAUUGGGAUGCAAGAAAUUACGUAGUGGCAUAGAAAAAGUAUCAACGUUUCUAAACCAGGAAUAUUCAAAAAAUGAAUUGGACAUUCUAGAGGAACAUUUAAAAUUCGAUAAUUUUCAAAAUAACAAAUCCGUUAACAUGGACGUCUAUAAAAGGGUGGGCAUUUUAAAAUCCGGCGAGCAAGGCUUCAUAAGAAAGGGCAAAUCAGGAGGUUGGAAGGACUACUUUACACAAGAAUUAAAUAAAAAAGCUGAUAAAUGGAUAGAAGAAAAUUUAAAAACCACGGACUUAACAUUUCCCCAAAUUAAAUAG